CCUUAUUUUUAUUUUCACAACAUGAUAACGUCUUUACAAUAGUUGAUAUUGUGAUGUAAGAGUUAUGUUGCUCCAUUAAUAAAAACUCAAAUUAAUCCUUCUGAAAAAAAAAGUUUGAAUCAUAGAUCUAAGCAACCAGUUUAUAAACUGUCCCGACGAUCGUGCUGAUUGUAUAUUGCUUGCCCCAAAAAAGUUCUAGAGAAACCAAGCUAGACAUUUCAUCCAUGGGAUCUGCUACGUCCAAAGUGAGUUUGAAACUUAUGAUAGAACCAAAAGGCGGCGGCAGAGUGCUUUAUGCCGAAGCCGGCAAGGAAUUUGUGGAUUUCCUCUUUUACAUUCUUGCCCUGCCGGUCGGAACUUUCAUUCCGCUUCUCAAUCAAGAAAUGGUGGGCAGCUUGGGAAACAUUUACGACAGCAUUGCAAAUUUAAGUACUACUUACCUUCGACCAAACGUGAACAAGGACUCUCUUCUCAAGCCCAAAGCAUACUUCUCCAGUGGUACAGCAGGAUUUCCUCUCCAAUUGCCAAACGUUGAAUCAUCCAGGAAAUUGUAUAAGUGCUGCCUAAACGUGUUUGAGAGGAAAGCAAUCUGUGGGUGCGGGUCUCCUAUGAGCCAAGAGUCAAAAUAUAUAGGCCCACCAAGCGCAAACAAUCCCUACUCAAGUAAUGUGGGAGAUUAUGUGAAAGGAGAGGUUACAUACAUGGUGAUGGAUGAUCUGGCAGUGAAACCAUUGUCCACAACUUCUCUUGCCACAGUGCUUAACAAGUUCAAUGUCAAGGAUACAGGGGUUCUUCAAGAGAAAGUGGUCGAUUUGGGCGUGGAUGAGGUUCUGAAAUUGCUCAAAGCUUCUCUGCUUUCAAAGAGUGUUCUCACUGAUGUCUUCCUCCCCGUUUUUUAAGAGGAAGUUGAUUCUCCAAAAAUAAGGAAAGUGGAAUGUUUUGUCACUGCACCUCCAAGAGCAAGUUUUUUUAUUUGAGAAGAACUUCCAAGAGGAAGUUAAUUGGCUAUAAGGCAAGUUAAAAUUUAAAUAGCAAGGAGGUGUUUUAGUUUCAAAUAUAUAUGUUAUAAAUAUUACUAUGUUAGUCAAAACUGGUUUGGCAAUGUAAAGGGAAACAUGCUUGCUCUUCUUAAUUUUUUUUCUUUUUCUGAGUGCUCAAUGUUUCAAGAGAUGAGAUAUAAGUAUAUAUGUAAGUUGCUACUAAUUAAUUAUCUCCGGAUGUUGCUUGU